CAGCCUUUGGUUGACACUUGGUUGUCCGGUUUGGUUGUCCGUAAAACAAGAAGGUAACAGGAAAGAGACAAAACAAACGCUCCAAAUGACAACAGAGUCAGCUAUUAAAAUCACUAUAAUAAUUCUUACGUAAUUUUACUUGCAUCAAAAUAUGUUAAAUGGAAACAUAACACCAGGAGGUGAUGGAGACGAGAAGAAAUCAAAGGAAAGCAUAACGAAACUUGUCCCGCAACCGAACUCGACGCCGUCUUGUAGGUUCUUGCAGCUGGAGCUGGAGCUCAAUGCUCACCUCCGUGGGCUCACAUUCAGCGAGCCUGUCCGCUACGUGUACAACCCACUGGAGUACGCGUGGGAAACACAUCGCUGCUACGUAAACAAAUACUGUCAGGCUGGCCAGAAGUUCUUGUUUUUAGGCAUGAAUCCUGGACCUUUCGGCAUGGCGCAGACAGGGGUACCGUUUGGGGAGGUACGCUCAGUUGUUGACUGGCUGAAGAUCACAGGCGCAGUCGGUCAUCCCGACAACGAGCACCCAAAGCGCCGCAUCAGCGGUCUGGCCUGCACCCAGAGCGAGGUGAGCGGCGCACGUUUCUGGGGCUUCUUCAGAAAGUUGUGCGGCGAACCGACUGCAUUUUUUCGCCACUGCUUCGUGCACAACCUUUGCCCUCUCAUUUUCAUGAGCGGCAGCGGGAAGAAUAUGACCCCGCCCGAGCUUCCUGCCCACGAGCGACAGGAACUCCUCCGCUUGUGUGACAUUGCAUUGUGUCAAAUCGUGGAGGCCCUGGGCGUCUCCAUGGUGAUUGGUGUCGGCAGGGUGGCGGAACAGCGAGCGCGCCGGGCUCUUUGUGCCGCAGGUAUUGAGGUGCGAGUUGAGGGGAUCAUGCAUCCGUCCCCCAGAAACCCUCUGGCCAAUAAGGGCUGGGAGAGUGUGGCUAAAGCUAAGCUAGCAGAACUGGGUGUCCUCUCAUUGCUUAGCAACACAUGACGAGACCUUACAUCCUUUGACCCAAUGAAGCUCUCAAGAGACUUGGAAAAUAUUUUGAGUAUUUCCCAACCAUUUUAUUAGGGACCCACUUUCCUUAGGUCAAACUAAUUUGAUUUGGAUUUCAUCUAAUUGUUUUUAUACAGCACCAAUCACAACAUAAGAAAUGUGAAGUGCUUACGACACAAAUUUAUUUCCUCUGUGAAAAAUAACACCGAUUUGAAAGGUAGAUUUUUUUUCCACAUGGUAUUAUGCAAUAUGUUACUUUGUAGUAGAAAACCAUUCAAAUUCUAUGUGUAAUCAUUUUUUAAAACAUGCUAAACCAUAUGGUUGAUUUGUCACUUUAUGGUGUCUUCUUCUUUCUCUUUGGGCUUUUCCCUUCAGGGGUCGCCACAGCAAAUCAAUCUCCUCCAUCCAACCCUGUCUUCUGCAUCUGUCUCUCUCACACCAACUACCCUCAUGUCCUCCUUCACUACAUCUAUAAACCUCCUCUUUGGUCUUCCCUACACCUCCUACCUGGCAGCAUUCUUCUACCAAUAUAUUCACUAACUCUCCUCUGGACAUGUCCUAACCAUCAGUCUGGCCUCUCUGACUUUAUCUCCAAGGCUUCUAACAUGUAAUGUCCCUCUGAUGGAUUAGUUCCUGAUCCUAUCCAUCCUGGUCACUCCCAAUGAGAACCUCAGCAUCCUCAACUCUGCUACCUCCAGUUCUGCUUCCUUUCUUUUCCUCUGUGGCACGGUCUCUAGACCAAACAACAUGGCUGGUCUCACCACAGUUUUGUAUACCUUUCCUUUCAUUUUAGCUGAAACUCUUCACAUCAUACAUCUCGCCUGGCACUUUUCUCCACCCGUCUGCACGUCCUUCCCAUCACGUCCUCCCCAGAGUAAACAUUUGUAAAUCAUAAUUAUCACAACUAAUUCCUUUGAAACUAAAUUACUCAGGAUAGAGUGAUGACAUCACUACUGAUAAUACAGGUUGUUAGAUAAAAUGUCAUAUUUGCAAGUACUGGUGGGUGCCAAGACAUUCUCCCAUCCAAGAUCACGUAUUCCUCUGGCUUAUGUACCAUGAAAUCCUCAAGACUCAGAUGCAGAUCUGAGUGACGGUAUGAGGACCCAAUAAUAAAGGAUCAGGCCACACAAACAGAUGAUACUGGUGACAGUUCUUCCUGAAUCACUGGAUGAAUCAACUGUGACUUUCUACUGUAUCAAAGGGUUCCUCCAUGUUCUUCAGAACACUGUGGUUCUAUGUGUAAUAUGUGGUUCUUGGUGAGGCAGUUAAAGCUUUAAGCAUGUUGGAAUACCUCAGUGAUUUACAUUUUGUAUUACU